GUAUCGUACCCGCUUGAUCCUAGCCACGAUGCCACAACUACCACUUCGUCUCCGGAAAGCCCAAGUGGCGAAAGCAGGAAUCCCGAAAUCUUUGGACUCCCAGCCUACAGCAAAUCCGGUGCCCGUUGAUCACAGACCUGCGCCCUUCUUUCCCCUCGCCCGAUACGCCUCGGUGACCGGUGUGCACGCCUGCCUGCUAGGUUUCACUGCGCUGUAUCUGCCGCGUUCUUCGCUGUCAUUCUUUACCUCCUUCAGUCUGUUUGAAACUGGUCCGGAAAGCACGGCUCCGAGUGACGAGGCACAUUCGGACGCUCUCUACCUGCUGACCAGCAGUCCCGCCAGAACGGUCGCAUGGUUGUGUGCGGGGGCAUUGCUCCUGCAACCUUGGUGGGCCGCGUGGAUCGAGUCGUGGUCGCGCGAAGCGAGCCUGCAACUCAAAGGUGACAGGGACGCGGCAGAAGUGAGCAAAGACAAGCUGGAGCGGAGUAUAUUCAAUAGCCAGCGAGUCGCGGCUGCUACACACGCGUCGCUGACGACAUUUGCUGCGUCCCUGGCGUUUUAUAUGGUCAUCGUGCUCUUCGGGGCACCCCUCGCGAGUCAUGCUCUGCACACCUACUUCCUCGCGCUGCUUCUCGCGCUACUCAUAGCGUGGACGCCUGCCUACAUCCUGGGUGCACCCACGCUCGGAUCGAGCACCGAAGCAUUAGUGAUUAGGUUGACUUGGAUCCGGCUCUUCGCAGAGCUCAGACCGAGGACACCUAUCGAGCGGGCCAUGGUCUACCCAGCCAUUGGCGCUGUAUUCGGAUGCUGGUCCGGGGCCAUACCGAUAGGUCUUGACUGGGAGCGGCCAUGGCAGGCAUGGCCAUUGACCCCGGCGUAUGGCGCCGUCGUGGGUUACAUCGUUGGCUCGUUAGGCGCGUUCCUGGUGAGCGCGGUGGUGUGGCUCGCGGAGACGGACGUCCUGGCGCCCCCAUUCACCUCAGCGAAGCCACCAAAGAAUCGGCGUCGAUAGCCCAUUCAAUGCGCAUCCUCUAAUCAGACUACGCCAGUUGUAUCGUGUGGCUACACGCUCGAUUGAGAGCUCUGCUCCAACAUAGAACAACCUAUGAGAACCCACUCUUCCCUCACAUGGGACGCUCUCUAUCCGUGCCACGUUCUAUACACGCAUCGCGUCUAUUCCGGUAUGCUUCGCCCAUCUAUCCGCGGGUUCGACUACACCGCACGUCAUGAGAUCGCAGCACGCAGGUCGCCGAUUGAGUUCGUCAAAUAGGUCGGAAUCGUCGUCGACGCGCUGGGGCCGACGACUUCCGACUCGUGCGUGAUGCCUGGACACGCAAAGUCAAUGCUGGGCGAACACGAGGCGU